AUGGCGUCGUCGAACAGGCACUGGCCGAGCAUGUUCAGGUCGAAGCACGCCGCCCAGCCGUGGCAGGCGCAGGCGCCUGACAUGGGCGGGUCGCCGCCCUUCCUCCUCUCCGGCUCUUCCAGCGCUGGCAGCGGCGGCUACUCCCUCAAGUCGUCGCCCUUCUCGUCGGUGGGCGAGGAGAGGGUUCCGGACCCGAAGCCGCGGUGGAACCCGCGGCCGGAGCAGAUCCGGAUCCUGGAGGCCAUCUUCAACUCUGGCAUGGUCAACCCGCCGCGCGACGAGAUCCCGCGCAUCCGCAUGCAGCUGCAGGAGUACGGCCAGGUCGGCGACGCCAACGUCUUCUACUGGUUCCAGAACCGCAAGUCCCGCUCCAAGAACAAGCUGCGCGGCGGGUCAGGCCGCUCGGCGCUCGGACUCGGCAACAGCAGGGCCUCCGCGCCGGCGCCCCGGGAGGCCGCGGCGCCGUUUACGCCGCAACCAAUCCCUCCCCAGCCCGUGCAGCAGCAGCAGCUUGUCUCUCCCGUGGCAGCGGCGCCCACCUCGUCGUCCUCUUCGUCCUCCGAUCGUUCGUCCGGGUCCAGCAAGCCGGUGAGGCCUAUGUCGACGCAGGCGAUGUCCGCGACGGCGGCCAUGGACCUGCUCUCUCCGCUUGCCGUGGCGUGCCACCAACAGAUGUUCUAUCAGGGCCAGCCAGUGGAGUCGGCGACGGCGCCGCCACCUGUGCCAGCUUCCAAGGUGCACGGGAUCGUGUCACCCGACGAGCCGAUCUUCUUGCAGUGGCCGCAAAGCCCUUGCCUUUCGGCUGUCGACCUCGGCGCCGCCAUUCUUAGCGGCCAGUACAUGCACCUGCCGGUGCCCGUUCAGCAGCCACCAUCGUCACCGGCCACUACAUGCAUGUUCAAGGGGCUCUGCAACGAGUUGACUGGACCAAACACCACUGGACACAGGAGCUGCGCCUGGACCGCCGGGCUUGGUGGUCAGCACUGGUCUGGCUCCGCCGAUCAGUUCGGCCUCGGCAAGAACAGCGAGGCAUCGAUCGCCGCCGUCUCUAGGGAGGACGCGCACGACCACGCCACGAAGCUGGGCAUGCUACAGUAUGGCUAUGGCAUCACCACGCCGGCUGUGCACGUGGAUGUUAUUACCUCCUCGGAUGCCAGCGUUCUGCCUGCUGUUCCGUCCUCGCCGUCGCCGGACGCCGCCGUCACCGUUGCGAGCGUGGCCGCCACCACUAGCGUUGCAGAUUUUGCAGCAACUGCUAUAUCUACUGGCGCCGUUGCUAAUAAUCAGCUGCAAGGGCUAGCGGAUUUCGGCGGCCCCGGCGCCGGCGCCGGAGCCGCGGUGGUGUGCGUCGGCAUCGGGGGCGCCGCCGCGCCCUUCUUCUACCCCGCCGCGCACUUCAACGUGAGGCACUACUUCGGCGACGAGGCCGAGCUGCUCCGCUACAAAGGCGACAGCCGCACCGAGCCAGUGCCCGUCGACGCGUCAGGCGUCACCGUCGAGCCGCUCCUCCAGGGCGCCGUCUACUUAGUUCUGAAUUUCUGAUAUGACCAUAGAAUUUUGCUGCUUUAAUCCGUGUCGUCACUGCCUAGUACUACACUACUACUACUACUACUACUACUACUACUACUACUUAGUUCUGAUGUAGUUAACGUACGUCUAUAUAUACUAAUAGCCAGUGUUAUUGAUAUAUAUUUAAUCCAUCUAGGGUUUCAAUUAAUCUACCUGCAUUGGAUAUUAGCAGUAUUGGGAGAUCAGCUAGCUCGAUCUGUGAUCGAUCCAACUAUAUAUUGCAUUGUAUGCUAGGUGAUCGAUGCUGUUUAAUCGCAGUACAUCUAUCUAGUAUUCUAGUCUGCCGUGCAUGCUAUGAAUAUGAAGCUUUUGUUGGUGAAUAGUAUUAGCAGUUAAUAUUGUUCUGAUCUUACUGCCUGUAAUUUAAUUCCGAUGGGUCGAUCCAGUUGAAGAUGUCUACUUGUG